GGGAAAGCCGCACCCGGACCUAGAAUGGUGCCUCCUUAAAGGGCCCAGUCACCUCAAAGGACCCGACCGCCUAAAAGCCAGAACUGGCCCAAAGGGUGUUUAAUCAUGUUUUCUGAAUAAAAUACUUUAAAAAAAUGCUUCUACGUAGAUGGGACUUCUAACACUCAGGAGAAGAGGAUUAAUAAUCUUCAAGCAAUGGGGCAACAAUGGAGAGGAGUUCCAUCAUUUGCAUAAGCUUCCUGAAGCAAACUGAGACCACAGGAAGAGUUAUCCUUAACCUUUAAAGACCAAGACUAAAGUGAAGUAAAAUGUUCUUCAGGGAAGAACGGAGCUUGACUUACACUUUGAUGAUAAUUUGUUUCCUUACCCUACGGCUAUCCACCAGUCAGAAUUGCCUCACCAAGAGUCUAGAAGAUGUCAUCAUUGACAUUCAGUCAUCUCUUUCUAAGGGAAUCAGAGGCAAUGAACCCACAUAUACAAUAACUCUGGAAGACUGCAUUAAUUCUUGCUGUUCAACAAAAAACAUAGCAGGGGACAAAGCAUGCAACUUGAUGAUCUUUGACACUAGAAAAACAGCUGAACAACCCAACUGCUACCUGUUUUUCUGUCCCAGUGAGGAAGCCUGUCCACUAAAACCUGCAAAGGGACUUAUGAGUUACAGAAUAAUCAGAGAUUUUCCAUCUUUGACUGGACCUGAUUUGCCACACCAAGAGUUAGUACAAGAAGAUGAUCUCUUCCAUGGCCAGUCUUCACAAGCGGUUGCUCCCACUCUCUCUCCUCUGACAGGUAAUUCGAAGUCCACUGAUCUCUUAUGGAGAGGUGCACUUUCUCAGGAAUCCGGCUCUCCGGAUAACUUGCAAAAACUAUUCAAGACUGAUCAAACGACUACACGGGUUCCUGUUUAUAAAGAGAAUGUCCUUUCUCAGAAUUCACAGUUUUCCUCAGAACUAGAAAUAGCUCAUCCACUGCCUGAAAAUGCAACUACCUUCCCGGCUCCAGUGGCUGUUGCUUCUCUGCCUAACAUCGCUGCUACUGUGAAACCUGUAGUUCUUCCACUUACCAGUACUUCAGUGAGACCCUCUGUGACUUUUCAACCAUGGGUGGCCACCACAAUGUCACCUGUAACCACUGUCACCUCUCAGCAGACCAAAGCCCCCAUUUCCACAGUUUUUACAUUUGCCAUGGUUACACCUCAAGCUAAGACUACAGUAGCAGUUCCAAUUACCAUCUUUCAAGCAUCUACAGACUCGACAGGCACCUCAGAAACUGUGCCCUUUAGAGAAAUGCUGACUUCAAAUGUAGGGUCUGGGCAUAAAUCUGCUGCACUUUCUUUGUCAAAUGUGGAGUCUUCUGCUACAAAUACUAUUUCUCAGAACAAUGGGAAGGCCAGUGUAGUCAGUUCAUCACUGAACAGAGUUCCAGAAAGCCCACAUAGCCUUCCAUUUGAAAAGUGGCUUCUUAUGGGUACCUUGCUCUUUGGUGUUCUGUUCCUGGUGAUAGGCCUCAUUCUCUUGGGCAGGAUGCUCUCAGAAUCCCUUCGUAGGAAACGGUACUCGAGACUCGAUUACUUGAUCAAUGGAAUCUACGUUGACAUCUAAAGGCAAAAGUAGCAUCUCUUGAUCAUUUAGUAACUAGAAACCAAAUGCACUGAAAUUCUGCUGACUUGCUGGUCUCAAUAGGAGGUUGUAUUUUGAAUACAAGAAAAUGCCCCUUACUAAUUUCUUUUAGUUUGUUUUUUAAGGAGGAGGGAGUAAAGAAACCAAAUUAGGUAAUUUGAGUGAUCUGUCUCUAAAAUACUGGCUGAAAAUAAAGCUCUACCUAAAAUAAUAAAGUGUAAUUGCCAUAUAAAUUGGGAAAUUCAUCUGGCUUUAUGCAGGGAAAAAAGUUAGGAUGUCUGGGUUCCAAUUUGUUAAUAUUUCUGGUUCCAGAUAAAUUCAACUGUUUAUGAUAUUAGCUUUAAUGGAUUCGCUUUUCUUUUUAUAUGAAUUCCAAUAAAACUUAUUCCAGAUGUAUUUCCUUCCAAUUAAAUAUUUGAAUAAAUCUUUUGUUACUUGGUAAUGUUCUUGUAAAGUGACACAUCCAGCUGGAUAACUUUCAAUUUAUUCCCACCAACAAAAUGAUGAAAUGAUGAAAAUAUGUGUUCCAAGUUGAAAUGACAAAUUUCUUUUCCCGUCAAUGAGCAAAGAGGUUCCUUUGGGAGACUUUUAGCAGAAUAUCAGCCUAUAUGGAGACAACAAUAAAAGCCAAUUGUAAUAAAUGGCCAAAUCCAGUUGGGGUCUGUUCUUUCUUUUUGUGUUAACAUUUUCUUAACUUGUACUAAUUUUAAGAUGUACCAGUAUUUUUUUUAUAAAUCUUUAUCUAAACCUGACCAGCAACCAAUUUUAGCUUUAUUUGGAACAGCAUUAGAAGUAAUAUAUAGCACUUAGAUUAAUAUACUAUAAUUUUUAUUGAUUGGUGUUGUUGAAAUUUCUGAGAAAUGCUUAUAAUAAACUUGCCGGACAAGUUUAAGGUGGUACAACUGAGUCUACGAGGCCACAUGGGUCAAUUUGAUACCUCAUCUCUCUGGAUGUCAGUUUGCUUAUCUGUAAAACAAGAAGUUUGAUUUCUUCCAGGCAUAAACAGGAUUCUUUAAGAUAAAAAUGGACUUCUGGUGAGCUGUUCAUACAGUGAGCACUAGAGGGCAGUAGCUGGUUAAGCAUAGCCUUGAAGACAAAUGUAGAAAAUGAUAGAAAUGGGCUCCCCUCUUACUCCUCCUCCUUCCUCACCUUGUCCACUCCCUCUGCUCUCCUGCUGCCUCUCCCCCUUCCCCUUGGUUUAUGGUUAAGCUCAUAAAGCACAUUAAGACGAAAGCUAGUCUAUUGAAAAUACUGCUUUUCAUAUAUUUUGCAGCUUAACAGCUUGACACAAAUCUCCAAGGGGUUUACAUAAGCUUUAAGUAGGUUGAAUAAAUAAAACCUUGAGUCAAUUUAAUUUAACAAGUAUUUAUUGAAUAUCUA